GGCGUGCGCGCGCAUGCGCAUAAGGUGUGCGCCGCCAAGCUUGAGUCAGGUAGUGGCUGCGGUCCGCCCUGGCGGCGGAGAGCCCCGGGUUUCAGGUUUGGGGUGGAGGGCCUGGCGUGAUCGUGGAGCCCCGGGAGCGCCUAAUGCUGACCUAGGGAAGUAACACCCGGCCUGCCUGCCUAGGCUGCGCCGGGCUGCGGCGGGGCCUCCGGAAAGGCUCGCUGCCCUACACGGAAGUAGAUAAAGGACACUUCACGGAAUAGGCCCGAGACGGCCGGCCUUCUGUGCACUGACCGUAGGAAUGUCACAGACUCGGUCUACACUGUGCAGUAAUCCUCGGUGAACCCAAACAAGGGUGGAUGCCCUCUGCAAUCGGAUCAGGGUGGGGUGGCCUCGAGGCUUUCCUUGCCCAAUUUUCUUGAAAACUAGAAUGUGUUUUUGAUCUUCUGAAUUCCAACCAUGUUGUCAAAUUGCUUACUAAAAUUUCUAAAAGCCACAAGCUCUCAUCCCUAUCCAGCGCCAUGCUGUUGGUUAAUAAGCAAACGCAAGUUUUCUGACACUAUGCCAGCAGCCGUGUCGCAUAGGCGAGUUGUCAUCACAGGCAUCGGACUAGUGACACCACUUGGUGUUGGGACUCAACUAGUUUGGGAUCGGCUUCUCCGAGGAGAAAGUGGAAUUGUUUCUGUAGUUGGUGAUGAGUACAAGAGUAUUCCUUGCAGAGUAGCUGCUUAUGUGCCAAGAGGUACUGAUGAAGGUCAGUUCAAUGAACAAAACUUUGUGUCCAAAUCAGACACCAAGUCCAUGUCAUCUCCCACCAUCAUGGCCAUCGGGGCAGCAGAGUUGGCCCUGAAAGACUCCGGCUGGCAUCCGAAGUUAGAAGCAGAUCAGGUAGCUACUGGCGUUGCCAUUGGCAUGGGCAUGGUUCCUCUUGAAGUUGUUUCUGAAACAGCUUUGAUGUUUCAGACCAAAGGUUACAAUAAAGUCAGCCCAUUCUUUGUCCCUAAGAUUCUGAUCAAUAUGGCUGCAGGCCAGGUCAGCAUUCGCUACAAACUCAAGGGCCCCAAUCACUCAGUGUCCACAGCCUGCACAACAGGAGCACAUGCUGUGGGAGACUCCUUUAGAUUCAUAGCCCAUGGUGAUGCAGAUGUGAUGGUGGCUGGGGGCACAGAUUCUUGCAUUAGUCCAUUAUCUCUUGCUGGGUUUUCCAGAGCCCGGGCUCUGAGCGCAAACCCGGAUCCUAAGCUGGCCUGCCGACCCUUUCAUCCAGAGAGAGAUGGUUUUGUCAUGGGCGAGGGUGCUGCUGUGCUGGUAUUAGAAGAACAUGAACAUGCUGUUCAGAGAGGAGCCCGGAUAUAUGCGGAAGUUCUGGGCUAUGGACUCUCAGGUGAUGCUGGUCACAUAACUGCCCCUGAUUCUGAAGGAGACGGUGCCUUCAGAUGCAUGGCUGCUGCUGUGAGAAAUGCAGGUGUGUUGCCUGAACAGAUAUCCUAUGUCAACGCACAUGCCACCUCCACACCCCUGGGUGAUGCAGCUGAAAACAGAGCCAUUAAGAAGCUCUUUAGAGAUCACGCUGGUGCCCUUGCCAUCUCUUCCACAAAAGCAGCUACCGGGCAUCUCUUGGGGGCUGCAGGGGCGGUUGAGGCAGCUUUUACCGCACUGGCUUGUUACCACCAAAAACUACCACCAACUUUAAACCUGGAUUGUACAGAGCCAGAAUUUGAUCUCAAUUAUGUUCCACUGGAGGCGCAGGAAUGGAAAACUGCAGGUCGGCAUAUUGGACUCACCAAUUCCUUCGGGUUUGGGGGUACUAAUGCUACACUUUGUAUUGCUGGCAUGUAAACAUUGGCUUUUAACUGUCAUAAAUGUAUAAAUAAUAAUGUGCAUGCAGAUGUUUAAUAACAAUACCCAGAUGUCUGUAACACAACUGGUGUUGGUAGUAGAGUAGUUCUUGCUAGGGAAGGGGCUGCCCAGUGCUGUAAGGGUAUUUUACAGCAACUUGGUGUCUCCUGUGAGAUUUUAGUGGCAACUAGUGACAACCGGAUUUGUCUCUAGACAUGUCCGUAUGUUUCCUGGGGGCUAAAAUAACCUGCACCCAAGAAUUAUUAUUAAUUGAUAUCUUCCUAAUGCUCUGAAUCAAAUAGCUUGUGGUGGUAUUUUAUCUACCCCUAUCCUUUUCAGACAUUUAUUUGGAGAGGAGCUCCUCCAAGCAAGGCUGUGCUGUUGCGUGUUGUAACUCCAGGGGCACCAUUUUUUGUACUGCACAUAGGAAAACAUGAUACAAGUGGGAGUGUGUGUCAUCAGUCAGCAUCCUUUGAGGACAGCUGUGACCAUUGAUGACCUAUUCACCUAUCUAGGUGUCGUUUAUGGAAUUUCUCUGAACUCGUAAGCGUUCGCUUCUCGGAAGGAGGAAGUGAAACUGUGACAUUUCUUAUUCUGGGUGUAUUUGUGCUGUGAAGAAUGGACAGAAAGAUCCUUUGCAAAGAGACUCUUGGUAAAUUAGGCCCCCUUCCCUCAGUCUACCUCCCUGUCCAGCUUUCACGGCUUUUGUCCCUAUCCCAUGAGCCAUCCCCAAACAAACUGCCUUCUCCUGGACUCUACUUUCUCAGUAGCUCACACAGUGAGGCAGAGUGAAAGAGGGAAAAUGGCUGUAUGCCUCCCUGCAGAAAUGAGUAACAUUCCCGCAUUUUACUUAAAACUUUUUGUUCCUGUUUUAUUUUUUUUUAAAGAUUUUUAGAUAACACAUAUGAAUGAUUUCCCCUGCACAUAUAUGUAUGUACCUCAUGUGUGAGUCUGGGGCACAGAGAGGCCAGAGCAAGGCAUCAGAUGGCCUGGAACUUCAGUUAUGGAUGGUUGUGAGUCAUCACGUGGGUGCUUAGAACUAAACCCCGGUCCUCUGCCAGAGCAGCAAGUCUCUUAACUGCUGAGCCGUCUCUCCAGCCCCUUGUCCUUGGUUCUUAAAAUCUGUAUGUGUGUUGGUUGGGGCGUGUCUUUGGGUGCAUGUGCCAAAAUGGUGGUCCAAGGACAACUGUGGAGUUGAUUUUCUCCUCCCACGGUUAUAUGGGUUCCAGGGAUGGGACUCAGGUCUUCGGGCAUAUAUUGCAAGCAUCUUUAUCUGCUGGGCCAGCUUAAGGAGCCCAGUUUUUUAAUGAAAAAGAAAAGAAAAUAGGGUCUCACUUUGUAGCACAAGC